AAAGGGCGGUGUCGUCCGCGGCUAGAUAAACGACAUCAAGAAAGCACAGUGAUCAGGGGGCGUUAGAAAUUGCAGACAGCGUGGGAGGGAAGGGGAUAGAUGUUGAAGUUGCAGCGGCUAUCUCUCGCGAUGGCUCUCAAACCCCACCGCCUUCACUCCAUUGCAGAUACGACGUCGCAGAGCGGACCCAAAAAGGCGAGGACGACGACCACCGAAACCUCCUCCAUGAAAGACGCCUUCUCCAAAUACGCCGAUUCUCUCAACAAUCUCAAUGACAAGCGGGAAAGGGUCGUAAAAGCAAGUCGCGAUAUCACCAUUAACAGCAAAAAGGUCAUCUUUCAGGUUCACAGAAUCAGUAAACACAACAAAGAGGAAGUCCUGCAGAAAGCUGAAAAGGAUUUAAUAGCUGUGACGGAUCAGUACAUUUCCCGGCUGGUUAGAGAGCUGCAGGGGACUGAUUUUUGGAAGCUGAGACGAGCAUACUCACCUGGGGUACAAGAAUAUGUUGAAGCUGCAACCUUCUGUAAAUUUUGCAGGACUGGGACUCUUCUAAAUCUUGAGGAGAUAAAUGCCACCUUGCUGCCACUCAGUGAUCCGUCUCUUGAACCUUUGCAGAUCAAUGUACUUGAUUAUCUGCUCGGGCUUGCAGAUUUGACUGGAGAGCUGAUGCGGUUGGCAAUUGGUCGAAUUUCAGAUGGAGAACUUGAAUUUGCUAAUAAGAUAUGCAAGUUUGUGCGUGAAAUUUACAGGGAACUGACCCUGGUUGUUCCAUUAAUGGAAGCUAGCAAUGACAUGAAGACAAAAAUGGAUACGAUGCUUCAAAGUGUAAUGAAGAUAGAAAAUGCUUGCUUCGGUGUUCAUGUGAGAGGAUCAGAGUAUAUGCCGCUACUUGGCUCCGACGAUCCAACUUCCUUCUUAUUGGCAGUGCCCGAUGUUGAAAUAUGAUGUAAUUCCUGAUUGUCACAUUCUCAUUCUUACUACUUAAUUACUUAUAUUAUAAGGUGUUCUAAUUAACUAAGGAGAAGAGUUGUUGAUUUCGACAAGGGUUGUAUUUCAAGGAGCAUAUAUAGCCACUUGCAUUUCGUUCGGAUGAAUUUGCGGUUCAUCAUCAUUAUCUUCAGGUCGCUGCUUGAUGAACAAUUCCUGCGUAUGUUUUCUCAGUAAAGCAGUAAGCUUUAAAAUU